AUGCGUCUCCAAAAGCUCCUCGUCGUUCUCUCUUCUCUCACUGUCGUUGGACUCUCAGCUCCAGUAGCUUCUCAAGAAGGAAACUUCGAGAUCAUCGAGCGCAACGAAUCUAAUCCUAUAAUCCUCGCCCAACAUGACUCCGAAACCGGCGCUCACUACAUCUCAACAAUCGCCGAGAACGAUGCAGCCUUAACUACAGACAAAACCAUCGAGCGAGCUCUUGGUCGCAAAAGCAUAGACGAACCCAACGAGAAAAAGCAUGAAGACAAAGCAAUCGAACGAGCUCUCAGCCGCAAAAACACAGACCAACCUCUCGAAAUCCUCGUCUCAACAUUGAUAACCAACCAGAAAAAGCGCGGAGACGAAACCAUUGCAUGGGUUCCACCACCACCAACUUCGAAGAUUCCUCUAGCACGCGGAGAUGCAACGAUAGUUUGGGUUAAACCUCGACCUACGCCUAAGAUUCCUAUGUAA